AUGACCUGGAAUAAGGACUGGGCCUCUUUUAUUCGGCCGUGGAUUCCUAUUCUUCUCGGCCUCAAUCUCCAGUUCUCCAGGGCCUCCAACUGUCCAGAGGAGUGCCGCUGUGAUCGCACCUUUGUUUAUUGCAACGAGCGGAGCCUGACCUCAGUGCCUCUGGGAAUCGGUGAGGGUUAUAAGACUCUCUACCUCCACAACAACCAAAUCAACAAUGCUGCCUUUCCCUUGGAGCUCCAUCAUGUGGCUUCUGUGGAAAUUGUGUAUCUCUAUGGCAACCAGCUGGACGAAUUCCCUAUCAACCUGCCCAAAAAUGUAAAGAUCCUUCAUUUGCAAGAGAACAACAUUCAGACCAUCUCCAGAGCAGCUCUAGCUCAGCUUCUUUGGCUGGAGGAGCUCCAUUUAGAUGAUAACUCCAUUAGUACUGCAGGGGUGGAGGAAGGGGCCUUCCGUGAGGCAGUGAGCCUCAAGAUGCUUUUCCUCACCAAAAACCACCUGAGCAGUGUGCCUAUUGGUCUCCCAGAUUAUCUAAAAGAACUGCGACUGGAUGAGAACAGGAUAGCCGUUAUUGCAGAGGAAGCAUUUAAGAAUGUUUCCCACCUAGAACGCCUCCUGCUAGAUGGAAACUUGCUGACAGAUGAAGGGAUCUCAGUAGGGACUUUUCAGGACCUCGUCACCCUCAGGGAGCUGUCUUUGGCUCGCAACUCCCUUACUUAUCCUCCCCCGUUUCUCCCGGGGGAGGUGCUUCUGAAAUUAAACUUUCAGGAGAAUCAGAUAAACCAGAUUCCUGCUGGAGCAUUCACAGGGCUGUACAAGCUGGAGAGGCUCGAUAUUUCUAACAACCUGCUGCAGUCUUUGACACGGGGGGUUUUUGAUGGCCUCAUGAGUCUCAGACAGCUCACUGUUAGGAACAACCUUUGGCUGUGUGACUGCAGCAUCAAAUGGGUGGCAUCAUGGCUUAAAUCCCUGCCUGCCUCACUCAAUGUGCGUGGCUUCAUGUGCCAUAAACCCGAAAGGUUCCGAGGCAUGGUGAUCAGGGAGCUGAGUGCUGAGCUCCUACAGUGUCCGCAGAGUACAACCACAACACCUAAGCUCACCUCUCCAGCUGAUACUGCUGUGAUCCCAUCUCUCUCUCCUUCCCGAGAUUCCCCUUUAGUCACUCAGUCUGUUUCUCCAUCCUCCAGGAAACCCUUUCCCACACUACCCACCCUCUACCCAGUCUAUACAACAAGAAAAGGGGGAAUUAGGACUAAGCAAUCUCUGGAUCCCCAAAGAGAGACUCUGCAGGUCAGGUUUGCCAUAUUAAAUGGAUCAGCUAUCCAUGUGAGCUGGGUGGCUGCAUUUCCCGUCACUGCCUACAAAGUGACCUGGGCCAGGAUGGGCCCCAGCCUGACAGGGGGCACAGUCAGGGAGAGGAUAGUGGGUGGGGACCAUCGAGGGAUCCGGCUGGCUAACCUAGAGCCAAAGUCCACCUAUCGGAUCUGUGUCAUUCCACUGGAUGCAUUCAAUAAUUACAGACCCAAAGAUGAUACUGUGUGUACUGAGGCCAUGACCACAGCAGGCUUGUCCACCCCUGAUGACAACAACAACAAUAAAAGAGGUUCAGGGCCAGAGCAGGCCACACAACAGGAACCCAGUUUGCCUUCUUUGCUGGCCGGGUUGAUCAGCGGGGCAGUGAUUGUGGUGCUGGUAGUCCUGCUCGGUAUCUUCUGUUGGCAUAUGCACAGGAAGAGCUGCUCCAAGUCCUCUGCCAAGUGGAAAUACAACCGCGGACGUAGAAAAGAUGAUUAUUGUGAAGCUGGCACCAAGAAAGAUAAUUCCAUCCUGGAAAUGACUGAAACAAGUUUCCAGAUAGUCUCGCUCAACAACGAGCAGCUCCUCAAGGGAGAUUUUCGCAUCCAGCCUAUUUACACCCCUAAUGGGGCCAUCGGCUUCCUAGACUGCCCCUUGGGGAACAACAGCACAGUCUACUGCAAGAAUAUUGUACAGGAUGCAGAGCAUCAGGAGAGUUUUUACUGACAACUACCCAAAUUUCACAGAGUACUGUACAGUGUUAAUAUUCUUUGAAACCUUUGUGUCUUCAAGAAAUAUAAUUCAUAUAAUUGACUGGGAGGAUACCUUUUUAUAUAACAUAGGAUUAAGUUAUUGGUUUCUAGGGCUGAGCUGUUUUAAGCUUGGUACACAGUAAAUAAUUCUAAGUAUUAAGGCUUAUUUGUUUGGUUUUCAGUAAUAGUGAACAAUCUUUAAGUCACUGUAUAUUCCAACCAUAACAGACCAUAAUUUACACUUUAGCUGUUGUACGUAUUAAACUCAUUACAUCAGUCAGGUCACUGGUGACCUGUUUAAGUUGACAGUUAAUUUUAUAUCAAAACCUUUAGAUGGAAUUUAUACCUUUUUGACAUAUUUAAAUGAAAGCAUAAAAUAAGACCAAAUAUAUUAAGAGAGCUCAUUUCAACAGUAACAUUGUGUAGUUUAUAAAACUGUGCUUGCUUAUGCCACCCUAACUCUACACCUAAGCCGUUCACUGGUGACCUUGUGGAUUUUCAGAUAAAAACAGCUCUUGGAAUUCAGUAUGAAAGAGACGAGCAUGAAUCACCCAUGCUCGUCAGUAGAGGGCGCAGUUUUCCUUCAGUCAAACUUUGCUAGUAACUAUUCGCAGUCACCGCAGUGUGACGACACCUUUGCACUCAGUAGAGCUGCUCAUUGUGAGAGUCCUGGUCUACAAAUAAAACGUAUUCUUACGUAAACCGUUUUCUUCAACAGGGAAUUUAAAGGUCACACUCGUUAAAUAUUCACAGACAGUGGGAGGCCUUCGCCUGCUUUUCAAGAGAAAUCCAUUAUCACAGUUAAGGGACCACGGUGUUAGUACUAGCUGUGUUUGACGGUGGUGGGUGUCACAGAGUGAGCAGCAAAAAGCACAUCUGCUGUGGUUAACCCAUCAAAUACCAGCUCUUUCUCUUUGUGUUUAACAAGAAU